AUGAGAAAGCCUGAAUUGAAACUUCGUUUAAGUCUGUACCAAAAGCCAAUGGAAGAGGAUGCAUAUAACAGUCAGAGCAAAGAGUCUGCCGAAUCCAAGCAAGGCUCUGCCGAAUUCAAGUCGGAACUGCACUCGUUGGCGAAAUUCCGCCACCCGAAUGUUGUUGCUAUUCUGUCGUAUGCGGAAGACGGUGCCGAGCGAUGCCUGGUCUACGAGUUCAUGCCCAAUGGCUCUGUUCGCGAUCGCUUGAAUCGCAAAAACAACACUCCUGCACUGACCUGGUCCCAGCGUCAUCGCAUUGCGGCUGAUGUUGCCCGUGGCAUGCACUACAUCCAGGGAGCCUUCUCUGACAAGCCACUGUUUCACUUCGACCUGAAGACCGACAACGUGCUGCUGGACGCGCAUUUCAACGCGAAAGUGUCUGAUUUUGGUCUCUUCCGCGCCGCCCAACACCUCGAUGAGAAGGGCUGCAUUUGCACCCAGCUCGUGCAAGGCGGAGCUCACCAGAUCGUGCAAGGCGCAGCUCCUUACAUGUGUCCGGAGUUCUUUGAGGAAGGCCGCAUGACCAACAAGACGGCUGUCCACGCGUUUGGCAUGAUUCUGCUGGAACUGCUGACUGCAGAAAAACCCAGCACCAAGCUGAAGUCAAAGGCGCGCAAAGCGGUGACAAACCAAGCCAUCGCUGGCAUACUGGACUCAACACUCAGGCCAACCGAAGCUGAACACCAGGACAUGAGUGAAAUGGGCUCUCUUGCACUUGACUGUCUUGCCGAUGAAAGUGACGAACGUCCGUUCUUUGGUAGCAUCCUCACUUUGUUGGAUUCUUGA